UCACAAUAUAUGAACUUUUUGUCCUUCUUAUAGCCUUGCUUUGGUUAUGUGAUGGAUGGAUGGAGGUUUCAUGGCAGGCUGGAAGUUAGCCGAGGUUUUCUAGUGAAACGUCAGAUGCACCUCAGUGUUUGGUCACCGGUUAUUUCCGAGCCUGUGAUCCUCCCGACGUCCUGACGUCAAUUUAAGGACCCAGCAGUGCCGGGGCGGCAGGCAGACACACAACGGGCUGAAGACAAGAAAGACAUUGAAUCCGAACCGGACCCUGUUGAUGUGAUAUUCUUAAUUCUUAAUUUAUUGCUGAGCAUUCUGUGACUGACCACGGCCUGAGCUGAAGAGGGGGGUCCCAAUCCUGAGAGUGUAUGCGUGUGUGCAGCUAUGGGGAAGGACUACUACAAGACCCUGGGAAUUCCCAAGGGCUCCAAUGAGGAGGAGAUCAAGAAGGCCUACCGGCGCAUGGCAUUGCGUUUUCACCCUGACAAGAACAAGGACGCCAACGCCGAGGAGAAGUUCAAGGAGAUCGCAGAGGCCUAUGAGGUACUCAGCGACCCCAAGAAGAGGGUGGUCUAUGAUCAGCUAGGAGAGGAAGGUUUGAGGACAGGAGGCAGCAGCUCUUCAGGUGCUCCUGGCAGCUCAACGUACCACUACACCUUCCACGGAGACCCACACGCCACCUUUGCCUCCUUCUUUGGCGGCUCCAACCCCUUCGACAUGUUUUUUGGCUCCAACCGCAGCCACAGCCGCUCCAACGGUUUCUCCUUUCACAACGACCAUGAUGGAGAGCAGGACAUGGACAUGGAUGAGGAUGACCCCUUUGCUCAUAUAGGGAGACAGUUUGGCUUUCCAGGGGGGAUGAACAACGGCUUCCCGGGGGAGGGCCGCAGAAGGAGGGGGCAGCCGUCUGAGCGCCUGGGGACCGGGCGAAAGCACCAAGACCCUCCGGUGGUCCAUGAGUUGAAGGUCUCGCUGGAAGAGAUCUUCCACGGCUGCACCAAGCGCAUGAAAAUCACCCGCCGCAGGCUGAACCCAGAUGGGCGCAGCAUGAGGACAGAGGACAAGAUCCUCAACAUUAUCAUCAAGAAGGGCUGGAAGGAGGGGACCAAAAUCACCUUCCCGAAGGAGGGGGACGAGACCCCUGAGAACAUUCCUGCCGAUAUAGCCUUUGUGCUUAAAGACAAAGGGCACGUCCACUUCAAGAGAGACGGUUCCAAUAUCAUUUUUAACUGCAAGAUCAGCCUAAAAGAGGCGUUGUGUGGCUGCACAGUAAGCAUUCCCACGCUGGAAAACCGCAUCAUCUCGCUCCCCUGUCAUGACAUCAUCAAACCAGGGACGGUAAAGCGACUCAGAGGGGAAGGCCUGCCUUUUCCCAAGAACCCGUCACAGCGCGGUGACCUUAUUGUGGAGUUUUCUGUCCGUUUUCCAGACAGGAUUCCCCCUCAGUCCAGAGAGAUUAUCAGACAACACCUCCCCCAGUCAUAGAAAGACUCACCUUCAACCCUUCCACCACCACACACUCCAGACCAAAUGGCCCAAAGAAACCCUUAAAACACUCAUUCUAGUUUCCCUUCCCACUUCCAGUCUCCAUGUCUUGAGUUAAUGAAGCAUUGAACAUUGAACAGACACUGUUGUUUGUAAGGACUUUACAGUGGGAAGAUGAAGGAAGAAUGCCUAGACAAAUGGCAGUUUUAUUUUUGGCCCAAGCGCGCACACACACACACACUCACAUACACACGCACACACUGAGGAUGGACUCAGCACAAUUGUGGAUUUUACCGGUCCUUUAUUAACUCUGUUUUAUACGGAUUCAGCAGUGGUUUUAUAUGCUGUCCAACUCUCUGAUACUUGUCUUUUUGUGAUAGGAUGAAUCGUGAGGUAUUUUUUUAAAUAUUUUUUUUUUUCCAGGAUUUUUCUUUCUAAAGAAAGUUUUAAAUAGGAUCAUUUAUUUUUACCUUGAGUGUACCAGCAGCUUCAGUUUGUUCAGUGCAAACCCCCCGGUUUUAACAUGACCUCCCAGCCCUCCCACCUGCCACCUGCUUCUCUUAUACU